GUGGACAUUAUACCUAACGCCGAAGGCAAUCGAAUCACGCCCUCGUACGUGGCCUUCACGGACACUGAACGACUCAUCAGUGACCCCGCCAAAAGCCAAGCAGUGCUCAAUCCGGAAAAUACUGUUUUCGAUGUGAAGCGAUUGAUUGGGCGCCGCUUUGACGACCCCAUAGUGCAGGCAGACAUAAAGCUGUUGCCAUUCACAGUUGUCAACGAGGAUGGCAAACUUAAGAUACAAGUUCAAUUCAAAGGCGAACGCAAGACCUUCUUCCCUGAAGAAAUAAGCGCCAUGGUACUGUCGAAACUCAAGAGCUCGGCUGAGGAGUACCUAGGAGUGAAAGUGCAUAAAGCCGUGGUGACCGUGCCAGCUUAUUUCAACGAUUCUCAGCGUCAGGCCACCAAAGACGCCGCCACUAUCGCAGGCCUCAACGUGUUGCGCAUCAUCAAUGAACCGACCGCGGGCGCGCUCGCUUACGGUCUCGGCAAUACAGAAGAAGAGCGAAAUGUGAUAAUUUUCGAUUUGGGAGGUGGAACUUUCGACGUCUCGGCGCUAACCAUCGAAGAAGGCGUGUUUGAGGUCCGUGCUACGGCUGGGCACACGCAUCUUGGCGGUGAAGAUUUCGACUCGCGCCUGGUGAAGUACUUCGCCUAUGAGUUCGCAAGAAAGCACGGGCUGGAUCUGCGCGGGGACAACAAGGCUCUAAGAAGAUUGAGAACGGCGUGUGAGCGCGCAAAAUGCACGCUUUCGUCAGCGAUGCAGACCAGUGUGGAGCUGGUCGCACUGCACGGCGGCAAGGAUCUGCAAGCGGUUAUCACUCGCACACGCUUCGAACGGCUCAACCAGGACCUAUUCCAAAAGACUCUGGACAUCAUGCAACAAGUGAUGUUAGAAGCAGAGAUUCCUAAAGACGAUAUAGCAGAUGUAGUGCUAAUUGGAGGGUCAACGCGAAUCCCAUAUAUCCAGCAGAUGGUGCGGGAGUUUUUCGGAAAAGAACCAAGCAAGACCGUAAACCCGGACGAAGCCGUCGCUCACGGCGCAGCCAUUCAAGCCGCUAUCCUGAACGACGAUCCUUCCGAAAUCAUCUCUGACGUGGUCCUCGUCGAUGUGGUCCCUCUUUCUCUCGGCAUCAAAGUGUUUGGAGAUAUUAUGAAUGUAAUUAUCAAACGUAACACGGCCAUCCCCACUAAACACACCGAGAGGUAUCGUACCGCUGUCGAUAAUCAAACCGAUAUCCCGAUCAUGGUAUAUGAAGGAGAGAGAACAAUGACAGCUGAUAAUAAUCUACUCGGCGAGUUUAUGAUGACUGGUGUUCCACCAUUGCCGGCAGGCCAGGCUAAAGUGGAUGUAACAUUUGCGAUAAAUGCCGAUGGGAUCCUUCACGUAUCGGCAGUGCAACUCAUCACACAGAAAAAGAAUCAGUUAACGAUCACUAGCAACAAAGGGCGGCUGUCGCAGGCGGAGAUCAUACGAUUGGUGCGGAUGGCUGAAUCUAUGAAGCAUGAUGACGAGGUGAGGCGGGAAGAGGCCGUGGCGAGGAACGACCUGGAAAGCAUGUGCCGACACGGAUUGCGGGACGGACGGGCCUGCAUCAGGGACAAAUGCCAGACGCUGCUGGCGUGGCUAGCAGAUCCCAGAACUAAUGUGCAGACUAAAGAUAUUCUACUAAGACUAAAGGUACUCCUCCACAUGGCCAACAUGAAGCUAUAAUUCGCGAAAGUGUGA